AUGCCGCGCCCGAAAAUCCCAGGCGCGCCGGAACCCAAGAGACGGAGUCGCAAAGGAUGCUGGCUGUGUCGAUGUAUUUCGUCUGACAUCUAUCAAGGCCGUGUAAAGGCCGCAAGGUUAAAUGUGGAGAAGAACAUCCUGCUUGUAGAAAGUGAGUUCAUGAAGGAUGAUGCCAUUUUUAUCCCCGCCUUCUUCCCCCAAGUUGAUGGGCUUGACCAGGUCAUUAUCAUCUACAUGUAUCUCUGCGACUACAGUGUUCGGCUGAACUGGCAAGGUCGACGCACGAAGCGAUCCGUCGUCGAUGAAGACGAAGAAGACGGUCCAGUGCCCAAGGAUAAUUGCAUUCGAUGGCACCACCACGGCUUCUCCAUGGAACAAAUCCAGGUCUUGGGUGUUCCCCUUGAACAACGGCUCGACUUGGAUAUUAUCGAACCUGUCGACGAUGGCCAGAAGCAAGAUGCGUCCACCGACCUGGUCUCGGUAGUUUCAAAUGCUAUUUGUUCAGGCCAACCAACAGUUUUAACCAGAAGCAACUUGAUUUUCAUUGAUGAGUCUCAGCAGCUUCUGAGCGCCACCGCAAAUCCAGAAGCCCAUAUUGUAAAGAGACGUUUAGCAGACUCUCAAAGCUGUUCCACUGCGAGCUCUUCCCGAAGUGGCUCUGGAAUGGAUUCCCCAGUCUCGAGCCAGCGGAAAAGGACCAGGUCUCUGGCGCAGCUGGAACAGCUCGAACCUGGACCAAAUCCGUCCUUGGCACUCUACAAGCAGAAACAAGGACCCAGCUCAUCUGUUGCUUUGUUGCCAUGCCGUGAUCUUUUUGACGCUCCGCUUACUCCUGCGGCUUCAUCGCCGAGCGAUGACGUUGCUCAUUGCCGAAACUGGACCGAAUUACACUCAUCGGGAUCUCCUGACUCUUGGUCGUCGUCAGGCAAUGGCGAGUCUGAAGACUUGUUUAUUCCACCUGGUUGUUUGUGGGAUGAUUCAGGACCGUUUAGCCUUCAGGAGUCACCGAGUUACUCGGAAAUUCACCCUCUUGGAAGCGGGGCGUUCUAUGGAUAUGAUCAAGGGGUAGCGGAUGAGGAUGUGCUUAGAAACAAUGAAAACCGCGCAGUGCUGCAGCCCCUUGCAGCGCACAGAUCUGGCCACGGCAUCCUAGAUUUCGCACAAGGUGCCAAAGCACGACGAAAGCGCGGUACCAACGGCGCAAUCAAUGGUAGCUACUAUGACAACAUGGUGCCAGUCAUCAUACCCUGGGCUUUUGAGCCUCUCCCGGACAUGUGA